AAGGUAGAUCCUUGCCAUUUUUGGGAGAUACUGGAGCUACGUGUUCCAGUCUCUGUGAUACCUAUUAUCAGGGGACAAGGGAAAAGUCUACACCUUCAUUGGGUAUUAAUGGAGUGUCAACCCCCACUUUUGUCACACCACCACUGUCUGUUUUUUGUAAUCUUAAUGGUUCUUCUACCGUGCACCCUUUUCGUUUAAUACCUAAAUGUCCUGUCAAUUUGCUGGGAAGGGAUCUUCUUGGUAUUCUGGGAGCUACUAUUACUUGCACGCCCUCUGGUGGUAUUGAUGUGUCUAUGUUGUGUUCUGAAACUAUUGAUUUGUCUGAUGUUCCUUCUUCUGUGUGGGCUUCAUCUAAGUUAGAUGUAGGAUUUGUCAACUGCACCCCUUACAAAGCCAAACUAAAACCAGCUGUAACUCCUAUCUACCUUAAACAGUACCCCCUGUCAGAAGCCAAGGUUGAGGGAGUUCGCCCCAUGAUCCAAUCUUUUCUAGAGCAGGGAAUACUAAAGCCAGUAGUUUCUCCAUAUAACACACCUAUUAAUCCAGUUCCUAAAG